CCUGUUAUUCCCUAUACUGUCUAUGGUUAUUCCGAGGUGGCAUGAACGCUGCAUGAGCUACCUGAACAGGAAGAGUCGAAGCAAAACAGAAUUGUUGCAGCUAAUGGUCCCAAACCAUGAAUAUUGUGGGCCAGUUUGCGGAGACGGUGUUUGUGACGGUGAAGGAGCAGUACCGUGGCCUUAACCCCGCCACUCUCACCGGAGGGAUCGAUGUCAUUGUGGUGCGACAGCCUGAUGGAUCGUUCCAGUGUUCCCCCUUUCAUGUCCGCUUUGGCAAGCUGGGUGUGCUGCGUUCCAAGGAGAAGAUUGUGGACAUUGAGAUCAAUGGAGAAUCAGUUGACCUGCACAUGAAGCUGGGUGACAAUGGAGAAGCUUAUUUUGUGGAGGAAAAUGAAAACGAGGAGGUCCCAGACCAACCGUGCACCUCCCCAAUUCCUCUUGAGGUCCCUGAGGAGAUCGAAGAAACCCCUGAGGGAUCCUCCAUCACCAGAUCUGGCGCCUGCAGGAAGAAUCACCACCGCAAACACAUGCUUUCUGACCCUCACCUGAGAGAAGAGAAUUAUGUUGUCCUAUGGACAAACACAGAAGAAGAAAACACACAGCAGCCCAAAGCCACAUUGGAUGACAUCGACAGUGAUGAAGACAUUGAAGCCAUGAUUCCUUCCAGCCUAUCAACAAAAAUCCUCAGCGCCACUCAGUGUAUCACCCAAAUGUACCGCAAAUCACUACGUCUGACCUCUAAUCAGAUAGAACAGUUAAACCUGCGUGAGGGAGCCAAUAAGGUGGUGUUCAGUGUGACCACACAAUACCAAGGCACCUGCCGCUGUGAGGCUUCCAUCUACCUGUGGAAGUGGGACGAUCACGUCAUCAUAUCAGACAUAGACGGCACCAUCACUAAGUCUGAUGCUCUGGGUCAAAUUCUACCUCGGUUUGGAAAAGACUGGACACACAAAGGCAUCGCCAAACUCUACCACAAAAUACACCAAAAUGGCUAUAAGUUCCUGUAUUGUUCAGCACGGGCCAUAGGUAUGGCUGCCAUCACUAAGGACUACCUUGAGUGUGUCAAUGACCAAGGCAUUGUCCUCCCUCAAGGCCCUGUACUGUUGGCCCCAAGCAGCCUCUUUUCAGCACUACAUAGAGAGGUUAUUGAGAAGAAGCCGGAGGUGUUUAAAAUUGCCUGUCUCAGUGACAUCAAGGACCUGUUCAACCCACAGAGGGAGCCCUUCUACGCGGCCUUUGGCAACAAGACUAACGAUGCUUAUGCCUACAAGCAGGUUGGGGUGCCUGAUACCAGGUUAUUUACCGUCAACCCAAAAGGAGAGCUCAUCCAGGAGAGUAGUAAAGUCAACAAGUCCUCGUACAGCCAACUCAGUGAAUCGGUGGAACAUAUCUUCCCCAAUCUCGCUGUCGAUGGCAGAACAUCAUCUGCUUUGGACUGUCCCAAGUACAGCAGUAUCUCCUUUUAGAAGGAGCCUCUGCCAGAACUGGACCUGGAUGCACUACUGUAGACACACACCCACAUCUACCAAAACACCACACACACACAGGUUUUAUAGCAAGCACAUAUACUCUCUUCGUUUACUCUUUUUUUUUUUUUUUUUUUUCCUGAAAGGCAUGAGACUUCCCAGAAUGCCUGAAUACUGCCUUUGACAGACCUGCCAACUGUAGUGCCUGUUUACAAGACACUGAAUAAACUGGAACAGAAAGAGGUGACUGUCCCGUCUUAUAAAGAUCGAGCCAAAUUAAGUCAUAAUAUACAUGGACUCAACAUUUCAAACUUGAGUGUAAAAACAUUAUGCAGUACUUAAUCUCACUGCUCACAGACUGUGGCUGUUUACGCAAUAUUUAGCUAUUUUCUUGUGUAAAUCCUAUUGUAUUGUAUAUUAGUGAUGCCUAAAUUCUGCAUAUGCCAAAACUAUUGCCUGUUUUCUGUGACUGAGCUGGAAAUUGUCAAUUCACUGCUCUGAGCUCAUGCUCUGAGCCCAAACAGACCCAGGUACACACAGCUACAAAACAAACCUGUUAUCCUUCUUUCAGUUGAGAUUGUGUGUAGUGGAGGGAGGGUUUCUAUAGCUCCAUGUACCAAGCAACCAAAUAUGGUGUGAGAAUGUAUUUAAAAAGCUUUGGAUUAUUUGAAGUCUGUUUGACCCUAAUAAGUACGAGAUAACUGGGUUUCGCCCUGAGCAAUGUUGAGCUAUAUUCUGUUUUUGUCAAGCAGCAGUGUUUUCUGUUUACAUUUGACUCACCUGAGUCCUGAGUAAUUAGAGCUUUGAAUGGGAAGCUAGCUGUAAGGUGUGGUAACUGCUAAAUCAAAGCCUGCAGAUGAAUAUGGAGUAUGAGUUGGUUGUAAGGGACAAUAGCAGUAUUUCUUAAUACCUGAGGAUUGCAGUACACAAUCUGAGCAGAUGAUCAUUGUGAAACUACAACAUGCCUUCCUUUGAGGUACCGUAAUACCAAGUUUAGAAAUGUUUGUACACUACAUAAAUGCGGAGGUGGGCCAGGCAGACAUGACUUUUUAUUUUUAUUUAGUGUAAACAGACCUUGGAGGGGAACAGUAGUGGUUUAGCCUGGCGCUGUGCCUUUGUACUAUGAUGACUGUUAUAUUUAUUAUUUUUUGCAUAUCUUAUCAUCCAACUGUGUGGAAAUACAUUGGAGCUGAGGAUUUUGCUGUUACUUUUUAAACCAAUUGUAUAGAAAAAAUAUAAAUGUAAAAUAAAGCACCACCUGUUAUCUUUG